AAGAAGGUCAACAUACACAAUAAAUAAAUAGAAAUGUUGAUUUAGUGAGAUGUAGAAAACUACCGGAAUUCGCUUCCGGGUUUAGGGAUGACGUAAGCACGUCGUACGUAUAUGUGUUUGUGUCAGACCGCUAGAGGGCAGUGUGGCGACGACGCUGAACCGCCAAAGACAAAAAUAGAACCGGCUUCUGUUUUCGGUUUCAAUCCGGGGCGGUGGAAGGAAGGUGCAGGCUCUGCGGCGGUUAAUCCUUAAAUCUCGCUGCGUCCGGAGAAGAAAACACGCAUCAUGGACAGCCGAAAGCGCCUGAGAGAAGAGCCGCUGUUUGUGGACAGCUUAAAAACGCCGGAGAAGCGGAUUGUAGCCGGGCAAUCACGGACAGAAGACGGGGAUUUCAAGCACUGGGACACCGAGGAUACCUGCUCCUUUCUCCGGCACCACGGCCUCGGACAAUGGGAACAAAAGUUCAGAGAACACAAGAUAACAGGAGUCGGGCUGCGCUAUCUCACUGAUCUACAGCUGGAGAAGAUUGGCAUAGAGCCACUGGGCUCCAGGCUGCAGGUCCUCCACUGUCUCCGUAAACUCUGGCAGAUCUCAUCUGAGCGCAUGAAGGUGUUCAACGAUCCGAUUCACGGCCACAUCGCGCUCCAUCCCCUGCUGGUGCGCAUCAUCGACACUCCUCAGUUCCAGAGGCUGCGGCACAUCAAACAGCUGGGAGCCACGUACAUGGUGUUUCCUGGAGCCUCACACAACCGCUUCGAGCACUGCAUAGGCGUUGGAUAUUUAGCAGGUUGUCUCAUCCAAGCUCUGAACGAGAGACAGCCUGAGCUCCUCAUCACCAGACAAGACAUCCUGUGUGUUCAGAUCGCCGGCUUGUGCCAUGACCUGGGUCACGGUCCUUUUUCCCACAUGUUUGAUGGAAUGUUUAUUCCGAAGGUCCGACCCACACUGAAUUGGAAGCAUGAGAAUGCAUCAGUGCAGAUGUUUGACCACAUGGUGAAAGAGAAUAAUCUGAAGGGCGUGAUGGAGGAGUACGGUCUCUCUCUACCCAACGACCUCAUCUUCAUUAAAGAGCAGAUCGCCGGGCCGCAGGACUCCAUCUCCGCAGCCAAAAACUGGCCGUACGAAGGCAGAUCAGAAGAGAAAUCGUUCCUGUACGAGAUCGUCGCUAAUAAGAGGACCGGCAUCGAUGUGGACAAGUGGGAUUAUUUUGCAAGAGACUGCUAUCACCUGGGCAUCCAGAACAACUCCGAUUACCGUCGCUUCCUCAAGUUCGCUCGUGUGUGUGACGUGAAGGGCAAGAAACACAUCUGCACCAGAGACAAGGAAGUAGGUGAUUUAUACGACAUGUUUCACACGCGGAACUGUCUGCAUCGCCGAGCGUACCAACACAAAGUGGGUAACAUCAUCGAGGUCAUGAUAACAGAAGCUCUGGAGAAGGCUGAUCCUUACAUUCAGAUUCAGGGCUCCUCAGGAAAGAUGUACAGAAUCUCAGAAGCCGUCGAGGACAUGGUGGCUUACACCAAACUCACAGAUCACAUUUUCGAGCAGAUCCUGUACUCGUCUGAUCCAGCACUGUCUGAAGCUCAGGCCAUCCUGCAGAACAUCCUCUACAGACGUCUGUACAAAUGCGUGGGGCAGACGACGCCUGACGCUCACUAUGACGUGUCACAGGAGAUGUUGUCCGAGUGGUCUCGCGAGGUGUCAGAGUGUAAACCUGACGGCAUCGAGGUGGAUUUGAUGCCCGAGGACUUUGUAGUCAACGUGAUUUAUAUGGAUUACGGAAUGAAGGAGAAGAAUCCUGUGAACAACGUUUACUUCUACUGCAAGAACGACCCGACUAAAGCCAUCAAGAUCCGCAAGAACCAGGUGUCCAAGUUGCUGCCGGAGCGAUUUGCCGAGCAGCUGAUCAGAGUUUACUGCAAAAAAACGGACGAGACGAGUCUGGAAGCGGCGAAGAAGUACUUUGUGCAGUGGUGCAUGAACAGAAAUUUCUCCAAACCGCAGGAUGGUGAUGUCACGGCACCAGAGCUCACUCCACUAAAGCGUGACUGGCAAAACGAAGAUGAUGAGGACUCUGAGAGCGACGAUGACAUCGGCGGUCAAAAAGCGAUCAACGGUGGAAAACGCGUAAAAACAAACCUGUUCCAUUCUCUGAAAGAAAAACUGAGCUAAAGUGUUGGCACCCCUGCUGGCAGGAUGAAAAAAAUGCACAGGCUCAGUGUUUUUUUUUUUUUCUUCUUCUUCUUCAUUGUGUGUGUUUUUUUUUUUUUUUUUUUUUUUUUUCUCCCAUCACCACCAGAGGGCGCUUUUAGACAUUUUUCCUUCUAGUGGCAGUAAAUGACAGGAAGGUAAGAUCCGCUCAGUCAGGGUGUUUAUAUUAAUAUUAACCUUUCAGGUCACAAUGGUUUAUAAUAUUGUACACCGAUGCGUAUAUACAAGGGCUGAGUGAAAUGACAAAAAUAUCAUAUGACAAUACCUGACAAACAUUUUCUACAAAACAUAUGUAUCUUGAUAUAUAAUAUAGGCAAAAAAAAAAAGUGCUGCUUAAAUAUAAAAAAAAAUGUUGAACUGAAUCUGAUGAUACUUUUAGAUUUUUGCCUACACACUGGAAAAUCUGUAGAAAACACAAGAUUAAAUGUAAAAAAGACACACAAUCAGCUGUUUCAUUUCAGUUCCACUUAGCUCACAAUUGUUUAAAAAAAAUGAUAAGUUUAUAAAGAUACGGACGAUAUUCCAGAAAAGUGACGAUAUUCCAUUUAUCAUGAUAACACUAUGAUAUCAUAUCGCCCAACCCUAAAACAAUACAUACCAGUAUAAAUAUAAUUAAAACUAAAUAUAAAGUUAUAAACAAUAUCUGUCCAAUUGAAAUGUUUUUAAAACAAAAACAAUAUAAAUGUUUCCAGCUAAAGGAAAAAUAUAGACAAAACAGUUUUCCUUCUAGGACAGAUUUUAUCCCGAGAGAACAGAACGCUACCUGAAAAUGCUGCCUACUCAGGAUCAAUAAAAUAUUAUUGAUCAAUAAAACGAUAAAAACUCUAUAUCAGUGUGUAGCAUAACGGAUCAUUAGCACGGGUCUACUGACAGCGAUUAAAAUAAAUCAAGCGAUGUCUAAAUCUCGUAAAUUGUUGUUAUGGACAGAAAUAAUCCGAGAAAUAAUAAUCCUGACUUCACUUCCUUCUCGUCGGGUAAAAAGAAAAAAAAUCAUAUACACGUGGUUUGAAAUUGCUUCUUAACCUUUUUAACCCAGUCUAAAAUGGCUGCUUAACACCUAAACCCCUAAACUUCCUGUUCCUAAACACUUAGCCACGCCCACAUUCUCUAUCUCACCCAGCUGUAUUAACUGGUAUGGAGUUACAUUUAUUAUUAAUAGAGCUAUUUAUAUAUUUACUUUAUUAUAUAACGUUACGAAUAAAUAAAAAGUCGUUUACUGCCACUAACAGGAAGAUGUUUAUUGUUCGUGUAAAAUCGCCGCCCUUUCUUUCCUUCUAAGGCACGCCAUUUUUCUUUUAACCUUUUUUUUUUUUUUUUUUUUUUUUUAACUAUAAGGUCUAUUUUUGUAUUUUUAAAAAAUAUUUUGCAGACUCCAUUUGGUAAAAAAAAAAAAAAAAAAAAAAAAAAGAAAAAAAAAUCAUGUGAUUUUGUCCAUCCUGCUCUUCAUCAUGCCGUCUGCACGUCCUGAUUUUGCGGAGAGGACGGGUCAGGGGGCGGAGCUUGAGAUACAUUCAAUCAGUCAAUCACAUACUUUGUCAUAUGAUCACUAUCUCUAUGUUGAUAAACUAUACGUAUUGUUUAAUUUUGCAGUUGAUAUUCUUAUUUAAUGUGGCUGAAGCCCCGCCCACUGCUUAACGCACAAACACCUGUCGCUCAGCAGGAUGGGGGCGUGUCAUGUGAGCUACCUCCGUGUUACACGCACAUGAGGCGAAAGAGCAAUAUUAUUCCCUCCUCAAGCUCUGAAACAAUCUUCCUGGAGAUACAGAGGACAUUUUUAUUGCAUUAUCGUGUUAGCAAUGUUAUAAUUAUCAUUAUAAAAUUCUUACUAUAAAAAUUGAUUUCUUUGCUUUUCGGAGGUUUAUACUUGCAAAGUAGCGCUGCUGAGACUUUACAUUUAUAUAUAUAUCUGUGGGUGUGUGUGUGUGUGUGUGUGUGUGUAUUAUGGUAUUUUGUUGUUUGGCAUUUUGUUGUUUGGCAGAACGUGUGAUUCUGGGACCUUUAACCAUUUUAGUUUGUGUUUUUUUUUUUUUUGUUUUUUUUUUAAAUAAGUUUUAUGUUAUGUGAAGCAGCAGCUGCCUGUGUUUGUCACACAAAUCGUGUUCGGAGUGUAUGGGGCUGAAUUGAAUCAUAUUUAUUGAUGAAGUGAAAAUCGAUCAUUGUUUGGAGAGGGG